GUGAAGCAAUAGCUUCCGCGUCUACCACCGUCAUUUUGGUGCUAUCGACACCCGGAAUCCGCCAUUGCACCGUUGUCGUCUUCCGUCGCAAUUCACUCUUCCACUACUGACCAUCAAUUUGACGUGAAACACAAAAACAUAGCCCGUCAUGGCAUCACAAGCUACAGAAACAACUCCCUUGGUGUCGUCAAUGUCGAGCUCAAGUCGAGCAACGCCCCAUAAACCUCAGCGCACCGUCACUUUCAAUCCGACCGUCCUAUCCACAAGCCCCAAACCCUCCUCGCCUCGCUCGCUAUCCCACGGCGCGUCCUCUUCGGGUCAUGCUGCCACGACCCAAGGCGGGCAGCCAAUGCUGUCGACCUUGAACAGCAAGCUGCGGAGGAGAAACAGUUCAGGCGCUCCUGCUCGGAUACCUCCUGCGCCGGUGCCCAAGAUUGGUCCACAAAGAACGACGAGGACUGCACAGAAACUGAAGCUCCUCCCCGAUCCAGCUGCCGAUGAAGCCGAAGACGAGGAGAGUGGACGCGACGUAUAUGUGCAAUACACGCGCAUCAAAGAUCCCACUGCAAGAAGAGAUGCUGCCAGGCUUGGAAAAGCAGAUAGAGAACGGCUACCCAGAGUGACGGCAUAUUGCACUGCUGCUUCCUACAAACUUGACGAGAUGAUGCGAUUUUUGAAGGGAAAGCAGAAGACAAGAGGCGCUUUGCCCAAGCGUUUUGACGAGUGCAUAUACUCGCCGUACAGCUACGGUUCAACGAAAGGUCCAGAGGAGAUUAGCAGUACUGCGGUAUUGGGCGACUAUCCAGAGGAAAGACCGAGGAGGUUCUCAGACAGCGCGAUUGAAGUGGAACACGAAAAUGAGCGGAGAAGACAGGACAUUAUCGACCUACACGACGGUUGUGAUGCACCUGAUAUUACCAACGAGCAAGCCGUGAGCCAAAGACGUCCAUCCAUCACCCAUGCCGAUUCCGACCCCCCAAUGGACACACCGGACUUCGAUACGCGCGUACAUACACCAGAAGUCUUUCUUUUCGAAUACGGAACUGUUGUCUUAUGGGGCAUGACGCUCCAGGAAGAGAAGAAAUUCCUCAAGGAGAUUGCAAAGUUCGAGGUGGACAAGCUCGGCAAGGAUGAGAUUGAGACAGAGGAAUUCAAUUUCUACUACACACGCGAAUACCAGGCCCGGAUAUACAACGAUUUCAUCAGUCUGCGCGACAAGAAGAACUACAUGAUCAAGCUCGCCAUCAGCCACGGGCUGUCUCAGAGUGUCAAAACGUCGCUAUUCGAAGACUUGGUGGACAACACGAUUGACGAAACCAAGGACAUCCCAGCCGAGAUUGCGAGCUCGGGAAAGAUCAACCUCAACAAGAAACAGAUCAAUAUGCAGAUAGGAGAGCUGUUCAUCCUCCGCAUUAGUAUACAUUUGCAAGGCUCUGUUCUCGAUGCGCCGGAGCUCAUGUGGGCAGAGCCACAACUGGACCCGGUCUACCAGGCGGUGAGAAGCUAUUUGGAAAUGGAUCAGCGCGUCAGUCUCUUGACCGAAAGGCUGAACGUCAUUGGUGAUCUGCUUGCUGUACUGAAGGAUCAGCUGACUGUAACUCAUGGUGAACUACUCGAGUGGAUUGUAAUUAUUCUGAUUUUCGCCGAAGUUCUCGUUGCCGCCAUCAACAUUUUUGUUGACCUGCAUGCUGCGGACUAAGUUAUUGGCAUUACUUUUCUUUUUCCCACAGUAUAUGAUAGUCGGCUUGCGGCUCUGCAUAACGGGCGUCCGGGGCACAGUUGAACGGGUCUAUGGUACGGCGCUGUAAGUGGUUGGCGUCGAAUAUAUGUUUUAGCUAGCUGUUUAAGCAGAUGUCAAUAGGGUGGUUUGGGGGGGCUUUAUUUUCUUCUUCCUUUCUUUCUCUUUUUUGUUAUGAUAGCAGCUGUUUGGGCCAAUGGAAUAAUGUUUCGU